UUGAGAAGAACUGAAGCGACAACAGCAGCGGAGAACAGCGGGGAUCCGGCAUAUACAAUUAACAAGUACUUCUGCUGUGCCUGGCCCUUAACUCAAGACAUGACAGCAAAGGACCGAUUGACGAAACACCGUUGAGGAGAUGGAGUCUCUCUUUGGAGGACAGUUGGGCUUGCUGGGGGGUAACGAGGGGCUAAAAGAAGAUGGUUGUGGUGUGGGCUGGUCGAGCUCCCCAUUAUCAGAGGAUAUGUACUCCGCCUCCCACUUUGCCCUCAUCAGUGCCUACCAGGAUAUUAAGACCAGACUGGCUGGACUUGAGAGAGAAAAUGCAGACAUCAAAAGAAAACUCAAGAUUUAUGAGAUAAAGUUCCCCAUGAUAAGCGAGUUUGGAGAGGAUAGAAAUUCCUACUGCUCCUUUGAGCCCAAAGACACUGCCCUGCUGCAGUCAGAGAAUGGCAGCCUGCAACAGAGAGUUAACAUGCUUAACCUCGAGCUUCAGAAGAGCAAAGAACGUGAGGAACAGCUGGAAGAUGUCAUUCAGGCAUACGAGAAGAUCCACAUGGAAAAGACCAGCCUUCAGCGAGACCUGGACAAGAUGACGUCUCUGGUGGAGAAACAUGUUGAGCGGAUCCACAGUUUAGAGUCAGCUCUUAGACAGAGGGAGAGUUCUCUUCACAAACUCAACACACAGCUACACAACAAAGACAUGCAGUAUUUGCAACUACACAGUCCCGACUCACAUAUGCUAGACUGCCCCAUGACCCUACAGAGCUCCCGAAGUCUGGACACCCUCUCUGACCUCAAAUUGCAGCGUCUAGAGGCGGAGCUAGAGGGGGCGCGGAACGAGGCUCAGGGGGCGUGUCAGAGAGAGGAGGAGCUAAAGGCUGAAUGUGAGAGGUUACGGGAAGAGCUCAGAGAACUGCAAAGCAACCAGAGACAACGGGAGGUGAGCUCCACAUGUGGACAGUGUGAUGUGGAGUGGAUAAAGAAAGUUGGAGAUGAACAAGUAAAUUUGGCUUUGGCGUAUACCGAACUAACAGAGGAGUUGGGCAAGUUACAGGCUCUGACCUCCAAACAGACCGAGAUAUUGCGGAAGGCCUCACAGGAGCCUGCAAGUCCAGUUCAGCAUCACUCUCCUGUCCCUCACCAGAGGCAUUCUCCCAUUCCCCAGCGCCACUCCCCAAUCCAACAGCGUCAUUCCCCAAUACAACAGCGUCACUCCCCUGUGCCCCAGCGCCGUUCCCCUGUGCUGCAGCGUCUCUCCCCUGACAUGCAUAGGCGCUCACCUCUGCCUGAGUUGAGCAAUGGCCCUGCAUCCUAUUCCUGCAGGCCCACAUCCCACCACCUGAGGGCUAGUUUCCAGGGCAGGCGCAGUUACUCGGAAGUAGCUGAUCCUUCGGCUUAUCAGCGUCCACCACGGUUCACACUAGACCCGGUGUCCACCCUGCCAAAACCUCGUCCAUAUGUGGACAGCUACUACAAACAACAGCAACAACAGCAGCAGCAACAACAGCAACAUGGGGGAAGCCAGCAUAUGAAAGUUCAAAGACAGGGCUCUCAGGCAGGUAUGCAAGGGGUGGGAGGAGACGGGGGAUUGGCUGAAUCUCCACGGCUGACCAGGGAGCUGUCGUUCCACCACUCUGAUGUGUCCCACCUGCAUUUUGAGCCUCAGCCCAGCCCAGCCCCACUGCAUUCAUCCCCGCAGCCUCCACAGUCCUCAGAGGAUGAGGAGGAGUGGUCCUGCCCUCAUCCCAUCAGUCCUCCGCAAACACUGGGGGUGUCGAGCCCCUCAUUGAGCAGCAGAGGCCCCGCCUCUUGUACUGCCUUCCCCAUUCCACCCCGCCCCAGCAACCUAAGCUGCCACUCACCUGGAUACCUGCAUGCAGAGCAUGCCCAGUCUUGGCCGUCCAUCAACCUGUGGAUGGAGACAGAAGAUGAGGGUGAUAUCAGGAGCUGCCCACUGUGUCAGCUAAUCUUCCCUGUUAGUUACCCGGAUGAUGCCUUGAUCAAGCACAUUGACUCGCACCUGGAGAACAGCAAGAUCUGACACCCACAGCAACGCCAUGACCUUCUGUUGUUGCAACAUUCAUUCUCAGCUCCCACUAUUUAUAGCUGGGUGCCUUUAGAAAGAAUGUAGGCGAUCCACCUGUGGCCGGUCUCAGAGUCGAUAAAAGUGAAACUUACACAACUAAAUAGAACAGAUACAGUAUGACAUGAAAAAAAGGUCCAAAGAGAGGCCAUGAAAGGUUAAUAGGUAUCCAUUAAAUAUCUCCAUCAGGUUUCCUUUAAGUAAAUGUAUUUACAAAUAUAUUUUGGCAAUUGCUCACAGUAAUGCUAAUCAAUCUCCAAGAGAGGCAAAGGGCAAUGCAUAUCGCAAUAUUAAGGUACUCAUUUGUGCUUUUAUCUACAGUCCCCAUGAUCCUUUGCUUUAUUUACACUAUGGCUUUGCCACUCAAUGUGCUUUAUAACCAUUAGGAGAAAUGAAUAGCUUUUCUAGCUAACUGUAUUUUUGAGGUGCUAUGCAGGAUGAGACAUGAGUCUGAAGUAAUGAGACACAUGGCCAAUGGUUGCAUUUUGAGUUAAAUAUAAUUUGAAUUUCAGCACUCUACAUAAGCUUAGUAUCCAGUUUACCUUUACCAAUAUUACUAACACUGAGGCAAAAAAGAAAAACCUUAUAGAUAUACUGUAUGUUUAAUACUCCAAGGGCUUGCCCUUAAACAUACACUCAAUUAGUACUUUAAUAGGAACACCUGUACACCUACAUAUUCAUGCUAUUAUCUAAUCAGCCAAUCAUGUGGCAGCAGUGCAGUGAAUAAAAUCACACAGGAAAUGUAUUAGGGCCAUAGUGUUCCUAAUAAAGUACUCCGUGAGUGUAUCUUAGUUUGGUAAGACUUCCCAAAGACUUCCUAGAUUAUUUGUAAUCAUGUGUAAACUUAAGAUCACUUCUAUUUUAUUUUGUCUUCCGGGGUGUUUGGCUGUACAAAGAGGGAAGAUUUUUCUUAUACAUAUUCUUACAGAAUUUACUGUCAUAAUAUACAUAAUGCUUGCAGCUCUGUGCAGAAGAUUUUAGCCAACCAUGGACAAAACAUCAGUUACCUUGUUGUUUCUCAAGACAGUCCUACUAUGAUUUCCGUAGUAAAUUUGGACAUUCUGUUAACUGAGCAUAGAACAUCAUGCUUUCUAUGCGCAGUGCUCUCAGUAUGGCAUACGAAAUUGGUACACCAUUUCCAAUUAUCUGGUUAAAUUUCUUGUUUGAUCAACCAGUUUAUGUGCUUAGCCUACUUCUGAACAUUUUUUUGACAAACUAAUAUAUUUGUUCUUUUGAUCACAUCACAGAGCUCAAUAAAAUGUUAUCAGUUAAAGAUUUUUUAAUGUAUGUAUUGUAAAUGUAUACCUGUAUUUAAUGACAAUUACAUGUUUUAACCUGUAAAUUCAGCUAUAUAAUAUAUAGAUAUGCAUUUUGCAAGCUGGGAUAACAGCAAAUGAAUUGCUGAAGAUCUAAAGAAAACCAUGGAAACUGCUAUUUCAAAUUAUUCUUUAUAGCUGGGAUCCAAACGUGAAAGCCACCAUACAAAAAACAGUUCAGUGUUUUAUUAGCUAACUAUCUUUCUAUUCCAUUUAAGGUGUACCCUAUGCAUUAAAAAGUCUACUUAUUUGCUACUUUCCCUGAUCUGUAGACUUCAUGAUGUCAAGGGCCCUGAAUUUGCUAAUAACCCAAAUACAGAGGAUCUAAAAUGGGAAAGCAGCACAAAAAAGUCACCACUGGUUCAAAUAGUGAAAUGACCAGGCUAAAUAUGGCAAGAGCAAAAUGAGAAGCCAUGCUGUCUAUCAAAUAGUUAGGAAGAGGUUUUAUCCAAUUGGUUGUCUAAUUACACGUGGAACCUGCUCAUUUUCUAAUGGAAAGUACUGGAGUCGAUAAAUAGACUGGCCAUCUGUUGUAAAUAUGAAUCAUCUAUGAUGUCACCAUUAACUACACAAUGAAGGACUAAAAACAAGUUUGAAUAUGUGGAUAAAAUGAAAUACCAUCAAAUCAACCAAAGACAUCUUGCUUGUUUUAUUCAUAUCUUUCGGAUUAUGACCAAGCACCACAAUAGCAUAUUGUAUCGAAAUAUGUUGCAAUUGGAAAAUGUGGAAAACCUUUGACCAUGUGUGGAGAUGUGGAAAGUUGCAGCUGAAGUGUAAAGAAAAUAAAUGUCUGCAAAAUCGCAUACUAAUGUGCAAAACAUUUUUCCAUAGCUCAUUCGUCUAGCACCCUUGUUCACAAACUUGCAGGGUAGAAGCAAAGGAAAACUUCAGCCACUAUUCACAAAGAGUUCACUCGGGAGUUAUUUAAAGAGCUACUGCUGUUUUCUUGUUCCUCAAGACAAUGUAUUUCUUCUACCAUGGCAAAAUAGCAAACUGAAUACUUUUCUGAAUGCGCAAACUAUAUGGUCUCUCUUUUGCCCUGUUGUUUGGUGUGACUUUUUUGUGAUAUUCUUAGAUAACUCAGGGGAUAAAACUUUGUGAAUAUGGCUCCUUGACCAUACGCGAUUAACCUCCACAGGGACAAAGUGAUAACUCGCCAAAUCUACUAGAGAGCUAAGAGGACACUAAUGAGGAGUAGAGAUAUUUUGUGAUAGCAACAAGGUAUUUCAAAGAAAAUGGGAACAAUAAACAUUUAAAAUUAAUGCAUAUUGUGUCAAAAUAUUUCUUAUGUAAAUACUAUGUGAAAUAAAAUGGAAC